AUUCAGAGGCAAAUGUCUGAUCAAUUCAGAUAAGAGGUCUUAACCAUUCAGACUCUGUAUAAUACUUAAUCAUUCAGAGGCAAAUCUCUUAACCAUUCAGACAUCUGAACCAUUAAGAGGCUGAAACAAACAGUCUGAACCAUUAAGUGCUGAACCAUUCAGACAUCUGAACCAUUAAGAGGCUGAAACAAACAGCCCCUAAAAGUGUACCCCAAAUCCCUCAGUCCUCCUCCGCCCGCCGGCACCGCCACCUCUCCGCCACCGUAACACUUUCCCUCCUCUAGGGUUUCAUAUUGAUCCUCGAUUUAGGGUUUUUUUGGGCGGCCAAAAUGGAGAAUUACAAUAACCAUCUAGGAGAUCACGAGGAGGCCGCCGCCGCCGUCCACAGAAGCGGCGGCACCAACAGCUUCCUCUACUGCGGCUCCGUUCUCGCUCCUCCCAGCUACGGCAGAACCGCCGCCGCCGACUUCCACCCGCAACCCUACGACGGCCCCGCCGUGAAGACGGAAGGCGGGAGCAGCGUAAAGGCGAAGAUCAUUUCCCACCCCCACUACUCCAACCUCUUGGAAGCUUACAUGGAGUGCCAAAAAGUCGGCGCUCCGCCGGAUGUGGCGGCGCGUCUCUCCGCCGCCCGGCAAGACUUUGAGUCCCGCCAACGCGCCUCCGUACUCGGAGGCGGCGGCAGCUGCGGGCAUGAAAAAGACCCCGAACUCGACCGGUUCAUGGAAGCUUACUAUGAUAUGUUGGUGAAGUACAGGGAAGAGCUGACGAGGCCAUUACAAGAAGCAAUGGAAUUCAUGCGACGGAUCGAAUCGCAGCUAAAUAUGCUAAGCAACGCACCAGUUCGGGUCUUCAAUCAUUCUGAUGAGAAAUGUGAGGGCGUCGGCUCAUCCGAAGAGGACCAAGACAACAACAGCCCGGGCGAGACCGAGCUGCCCGAAAUCGAUCCACGGGCAGAGGACCGCGAGCUGAAGAACCACUUGUUGAGGAAGUACAGCGGCUAUCUGAGCAGUCUGAAGCAAGAACUCUCCAAGAAGAAGAAGAAAGGGAAACUACCCAAAGAAGCGCGCCAAAAGCUGCUCAGUUGGUGGGAGUUGCACUACAAAUGGCCCUAUCCUUCAGAAACGGAGAAGGUGGCGUUGGCCGAGUCAACGGGUUUGGAUCAAAAGCAGAUAAACAACUGGUUCAUCAACCAAAGGAAGCGGCAUUGGAAGCCGUCAGAAGACAUGCAGUUCAUGGUGAUGGAUGGUCUUCACCCACAGGGCGCGGCCCUCUAUAUGGACACGCACUACAUGGGUGAAGGCCCGUACCAUCGACUCGGUCCAUGACAAAAAAAAUGCCGUGCCGUUGGCCUAAUUAAGAGGUGAGUGGUAGGAUGAAAUGGUGGGAUUUUUGCAACAAGAAAAGUGCUAUGAUGGUUGCGAACAAUCCAACCCACUCUGUUACGAUUGCCAAGAGGCCUGCCGGCUGCUGAAGCUUCAACGCUUAGUUUUACCCAAUCCAGUGGAGGUUUUGUCCAUGAGCGGGUACCAAGAGAUGGGUUUGGGUUGACGCUUGUUGCAUUUUUCCACUCGGAAAAGUGAUACCAAC